CCUCCUCCUGACCCUAACACCAGCCCGCCCCGUGACGUCACCGCAGUAGUACCCACCCGUUCCAGCUGGAUUCGUGCAUGCGCAAUACCGGGCCGGGCUGGCAGGAAAGAUGGCGGCGGCGGGAGGAGUCCGGGGUUGAGAGAGCGGCCCGGGGAACGGGGACAUGGCGAGAUUGGCAGAUUACUUCCUGCUGGUGGGGUAUGACCUUAACAAGCGAGGCAGUGGCAUAGGACAGGGGAAGAUUCUGCAGAAGUUCCCAGAGAAAGAUUGGGAAGACAACCCCUUUCCCCAGGGCAUUGAACUGUUCUGUCAGCCCAGUGGAUGGCAGCUGUAUACUGAGAAGAAUCCCCCAACGUUCUUCAUUGCAGUUCUGACUGACAUCAACUCCGAGCGUCAUUACUGUAGUUGCUUCACCUUCUGGGAAGAAAUCGCACAGAACCUUACUGAUCAGAGAGAUGGAGAAGCUGAAGAUGCACCCCUGCCAUCUGCAGCUCAGCUUUACGCUCCCAAGACUCUGGUACUCGUGUCACGUUUGGAUCAUCCUGAGGUCUUUAGGGACUCCCUAGGACUGAUUUACACCAUUCAUACAGAUGGCUUAAGCAUAUCCCUGGAGAAUGUCAUAGGAAACUUGCUAACCUGCACUGUCCCUGUCACUGGUGGUUCCCAGUCUGACCAGGAGCAGGAUUCUAUGAGAACCAUAUCUCUGGGUGCAGGGGACCGGCAAGUGAUCCAGACCCCAAUAUGUGACUCUCUUCCCGUCAGCAACUGUAGUGUGGCCAUGUUAUUUCGACAGCUUGGCAUCACCAAUGUACUGUGCCUCUUCUGUGCAGCUCUCACUGAGCACAAGAUCUUGUUCCUUUCACGGAGUUAUCAACGCUUGACUGAAGCAUGCAGAGCCCUCUUGGCUAUAAUGUUCCCUCUCCGAUACAGUUUCACAUAUGUACCCAUUCUCCCUGCUCAGCUCCUUGAGGUUCUCAGCACCCCCACACCAUUCAUUAUUGGAGUUAGCGCUCUCUUUCGCUCAGAGACCCAGGAUUUGCUUGAUGUGGUGAUUGCGGAUUUAGAUGGUGGCACUGUAACAAUCCCAGAGUGUGUUCAGAUUCCAUUGCUGCCUGAACCAUUGCUCCACUACACACAGGAUGCCUUGUCAGUGGUCCUGGAUCCUUCUUUACAGAUUGCUGAUUUGGCAUUCCCUCCAUCCUCCAUCACUGCCUCCACUCUGCGAAUGCAGGAUAUGGAAGUGCGUGCUGUGUUCCUACGACUCUUUGCACAGAUUUUACAAGGAUAUCGCUGCUGUUUGCAGCUGAUCAGAGUUCAUCCUGAGCCUGUUAUACGCUUUCAUAAGGCCUCUUUUAUGGGUCAGCGUGGAUUAGUGGAAGAUGAUUUUCUCACCAAGGUUCUGGAGGGUAUGGCAUUUGCAGGGUUUGUGACAGAGAGAGGUCCACCAUACAGAGCCCUGGAUUUAUUUGAUGAGCUGGUAGCUUUUGAUGUGAAGAAACUACAGUACGAGGAGGGAAGUCAGAAAAGUCUUGUCAAACAUGUGCGAGAACUGGCUGAGAAGCUCUAUCGGAACGAAAACCCGUAUCCUGCUGUUAGUAUGCAUAAAGUCCAGCGUCCAGCGGAAGGCAGUCAUCUGCGACCUCAACAUAAGCCUUUCCCUCUACUUGAUGAAAGUAGUGUACAGUGGAUCUUGGAUCAGGCUGCUGCCAAAAUGCAUAAUGCACCCCCGGCUGUUAAAGCAGAGAAGAAGUGCAUGGUGCCUCCUGGACCACCUGUUGCAGCAAUUAUUGAUUGGAAUGGCAGUGCCCUAUCCAACAGCAACCGACGACUAGAAGUUGUGAGGAACUGUAUUUCUUACAUCUUCGAAAACAAAAUGCUGGAGGCCAAAAAGCUGCAACCAGCUGUGCUACGGGCUCUCAAGGGACGGGCAGCAAGACAGUGUCUAACCCAGGAGCUCAAUCUUCAUGUGCAGCAAAAUCGUGCAGUGUUGGACCACCAACAGUUUGACUUUGUUGUGCGUCUGAUGAACUGCUGUUUACAGGAUUGCACAUCUCUGGAUGAACAUGCUACAGCUGCAGCACUUUUACCUCUAGUCACCGCUUUCUGCAGGAAACUGAGCCCUGGCAUCACCCAGUUUGCUUACAGUUGUGUGCAGGACCACCUAGUUUGGACCAACAUGCAGUUCUGGGAAGCCAUGUUUUAUGGGGAUGUACAAAACCACAUCCGCGCCCUGUAUCUAGCACCUGAAGAGUCUUCAUCCACGGUACUCAGUAUGUCUCUAACCAAGCUCCAAAGGACAGAACCAGGAGAACAGAUCAGUAGGGAUCAGAGAGAAAAAAUGUGCUCUAAUGAGAACAUUACUACUGAUGAAGUGGAAGAAGAGGAGCGAUCAGCGCUUGAGCUAGCAGCAGAGCAGUGUCGCCUGUGGCCAACACUUCAGCGUGAUAAACAGCUUGAGCUUAUUCAGAAAGAGGAGAGCACAGUGUUUAGCCAGGCCAUCCACUAUGCCAAUCGCAUGAGCUACCUUCUUUUACCACUGGAUACCUCUAAAAACCGCCUUCUUCGAGGGGCUGCCGGCCUGGGAGAUGCAGAAAGUGUAACCAACAGCUUCAUCACCAACAGCAUGGCAGGCAGUGUUGCGGAAAGCGCAGAUACAGAAAGUGGAUUUGAAGAUUCAGAAAGCUCAGAUGUGGCUCAUUACGUGGUCCGAUUCAUUACACGUUUUGUGGACAAAGUAUGUACAGAGAGUGGCGUCACAUCUGAUCACCUAAAAGGCCUGCAUACGAUGAUACCAGACAUUGUACAGAUGCACAUAGAGACUUUGGAUGCUGUGCACAGGGAGAGCAAGAGGCUGCCUCCCAUCCAGAAGCCCAAGCUUUUGCGUCCGUUAUUGCUAGUAGGCGAGGAUUUGGUAAUUGAUGGUCUUAGAGUCUAUCUGCUGCCGGAUGGUAGAGAGGAAGCGUCAGGUGUCAGUCUUGGAGGUACACCCUUACUUCCAGCUGAAGGGGCUCUGUUCCUCACUACUUACCGUUGCAUCUUCAAGGGCACUCCUGUGGAUCCUUUAGUGGCUGAACAGUCAGUUGUGCGGACGUUCCCCGUAGCUUCUCUGACAAAGGAGAAGAAAAUCAGUGUCCCUGCUCAACUGGACCAGUACGUUCAGGAGGGACUUCAGCUUCGUUCAUGUACUUUCCAGCUUCUGCGGGUGGCAUUUGAUGAGGAGGUCCCAUCUGAGGUCUCUGAAGGUUUCCGCAAGCAGUUGCACAAACUGAGGUACCCUCAAGAUGUUCUUGGUACCUAUCCAUUUAGUGUUGGCCUCUCCCUUCAGCACACUGUGCAGCCUAGGACCAAGGAUAAGAAUCCCUCCAUCAACCCUCUCCAUGUCAGUGAUGUGUUCCAAGGCCGUCUGGCUGUGGGUUUAUCUCUCAGUCGCUUCCAUUCAGAAACGACCAUCUCUAAGAACCUUGUAAAGUCUGCCAAAAAGACGAUUGGCCGGCAGUAUGUGACACGUAGGAAAUAUAGCCCCCCCUCCAGGGAUCUUCGUGGGAGUCAGAAUUCUCUGGAGCAGCAGGGUGAUGACAUUUCAGUGUCUGAAGAUAUGGACAGGAGUACGUUGACCUUGUCUACUUUAAAGGCCCCUGAGAAACAAGCAGGAAGCAAUAUGGCAGAGCGCGCUUGUUGCCGUGACUACCAGAGAAUGGGGCUAGGUACUUUGAGUAACAGCUUAACCCGUGCGAAAAAUGAACCAUUCCGAAUAUCAACAGUGAAUCGCAUGUAUGCUGUUUGUAACAGCUAUCCAGGGUUGCUAAUUGUUCCUCAGACCAUCCAGGACAACACUCUGCAAAAGAUUUCCCGCUGCUAUCGACAGAAUAGAUUUCCGGUAGUGUGUUGGCGCAGCCCUCGUACCAAAGCUGUGCUCUUACGUUCUGGGGGUCUUCAUGGCAAAGGUGUGGUUGGACUUUUUAAGUCUACCAACACUGCUGCCACAGGCCCGUCCCAGACAGAUUCCACUUCAUUGGAGCAGGAGAAGUACCUGCAAGCUGUGGUGAACUCCAUGCCCCGCUAUGCAGAAAUGGGUGGGCGCAACACCCUAAGUGCUUUCCCAUCUUCACAUCUCUAUGAUUCUUCAGACAAGCGACAACCCAAGCUUGGUUCAUUGAUGAAGCAGGUGAUGGGAGGGAAGGAGGACAUUCGAGGAGGUCAUUCAGUACGGGGUACUAAGCACCCCGCAGUGAGACGAGGCUAUGCUGAGCAAGGCAAAUGGGGUAGUAUGCGUGGCAGUGGAAGACCUAGUUCCUAUGGAAUGAACUCGGACGUAGGAACUAGACUGGCUGCAAGAGAGCUUCUGACCCCCCAUCAAAAUGGCGGACCCUUAGAGAGUUCUCUGACCCCCCGGAGAGCUGCCCUGUACAUCAUAGGUGACAAGUCCCAGCUUAAAGGAGUGAAACAGGACCCACUACAGCAGUGGGAGCUGGUGCCCAUUGAGCUGUUUGAAGUCAGGCAAGUUAAGGCUAGUUUCAAGAAACUGAUGAAGGCCUGUGUGCCAAGUGCCCCAUCCACAGACCCCAGUCUAUCAUACCUACGCACACUGGAAGACUCUGAGUGGUUUUUACAGCUACAUAAGCUGCUUCAAGUCUCUGUGCUGGUUGUAGAAUUACUGGACAGCGGUUCAUCAGUCCUGGUUGGUCUAGAAGAUGGAUGGGAUCUCACUACACAGGUUGUGUGUUUGGUCCAGCUGCUAUCUGACCCAUAUUAUCGAACCAUUGAGGGAUUUCGACUACUCAUUGAGAAAGAAUGGCUGUCAUUUGGUCACAGAUUUAGUCAUCGUGGAGCGCACACCGCUGCCAGCCAAAGUAACGGAAUGACACCUAUUUUUUUGCAAUUUCUGGACUGUGUGCAUCAGAUACACCUGCAGUUCCCCUCUGAGUUUGAGUUUAGUCAGUAUUACCUGAAGUUUCUGGCUUAUCACUAUGUGUCAAACCGGUUCCGCACCUUCUUGUUGGACUCCGACUGUGAGAGGAUUGAGAAAGGGGUUCUGUAUGAGGAAAAGGGGGAUCGCCGGGGCCCUCAGGUCUGCCGCUCAGUGUGGGAGUAUAUUGAGCGAUUGCACAAGAGGAGUCAAGUGUUUUACAACUACAUGUUCUGCCCUGAAGAUGGUGAGGUUCUGCGCCCUUACAGCUCUGUGUGGGGUCUUCGUGUAUGGGAUUACUACACUCAUGAAGCUUUGAGUGAAGGCCCGUCUUAUGAUUGGGAGCUACUUCAGAACGCACAGCAUGAAGAACCUGAGAAGAAUGAUAGCUCUGCCCCCCAGACCAAACGCAAGAUCAUUUGGCCAUCCUAUCAUUCUCCACGGCGACUCCAGCCAGAUGCCAUCACUUGCUUAUUAGAGGAGUUACAGAAUCUGGAGAUGGAAUUGCGAGCUGUUCCUGAGCGCUGGAAGGAAACGUGGGAUAAGGUCAAAGCUGCCCACAGGACAGAAAUCCGACAUGAGGGUCGGAAGUCCAGUGCUCUGCUGAUGUCAUCAAGCGUCCCCUCGCAGCGGCAUUCAUUGGGAAUUUAUCUGCAAGAAAGUGGUGUUGGAUCUACGCUCAAUCUGAGCUUGGAGAGUGGUUCGAGCACAACAAGUACUCCUUCCGGUGCCGGAAAACUGGGAGCACGGAAUAGCACUAGCACCUUAUACAAUCAGUUUAACACUGCAGAAAGAGAAAACAGAUCAUACGAGGGGAUUCUCUAUAAGAAAGGGGCUUUUAUGAAACCCUGGAAACCACGCUGGUUUGUGUUGGACAAGACAAAACAUCAGCUGCGUUAUUAUGAGAACCACACAGACACUGAAUGUAAAGGGGAGAUUGACUUGGCAGAGGUAGAGGCUAUAUCAGCAGGUACUCCAACAUUGGGUGCUCCGAAGACUGUAGAUGAAAGGGCAUUUUUUGAUUUGAAGACAACUCGACGGUUCUAUAAUUUCUGUGCCGCAGACCCUAUGCUGGCCCAGCAGUGGAUUGACCGUAUCCAGAGCUGUCUAUCUGAUGCAUGAGUCUUCAGGACGGGAAACAAAAAUGUCAGGAUACCACUGAAGAAAUAGUAGCACUGGGUACCACUUGGAGGCAUACAGCUUAAUAUGUAAACUCACAAUAAGCUGUUGUAUCUAAGUUACUGCCAGGAGGUAAAACAAGUAAUAGCCUUGUCUAAUUUUUGGCGUAAAGACUGCGUUAGUAAUUUGGGUAUGUACUGUCCAUUGAAGUCAUCCUGCAGAAACAAUGAAUACCGUCAAGAACGAUCUCUCCAAGAAUAAAAAGUUAUGAGUAGUAUUCUUCUGAGAAUAGCUGGUGCCUCAAUGGUGAGAUCAGCGGCUCUUGUGGUGAAAUGAAAACCAGGUAGACCCACUCUAAUUAGGCUCCGGGUCCUUCAUGACGCUCAACUGAAGUGACAGCUCUGGUAUCCAAGGAAUGAUAUGCAUCUGGUUAGUCUUAUAAAUACUUAUCUGUAAGAUACCUUUGGUCCAAAAGUCAAUUUUAAAUUAUUUUAUAACGGUAAGAAGCAUGAACACGUGUGACCUGCGCUUCCUUGUAACAAGGGAAUUAAAAGUUUUAGCAAACCUGGCUGAAAAAGGAAGACCUCCACAUAGGAUACAAACAAAAUACAGGUAGAGAAAAACGUGUCUUCAGUCGCAUCCCUAACACCCAAUGGUGAUCAGUCUUCAGUUUUGUGUUUUUUUUCUUCAAGUAUAAAGAGACAUUUUCUAGAUCUCCUUUGGCUGUAAGCAGCUGGCUACACUGUAGGAAAUGGAAAUUUGCACAGUGGCAUUUGACUUGCCCAGUCCUCGUGCCCUGGCUGCAGAACGGUUGGAGCUUGGACUCUGAUGUCCCAAAUAUAAUGUAGGAAAUGAGGUGAAUACCACUAAGGAUAUUAUUUUUAUUUCCGUGUCACAGGAUUUUGCUUUCCUCAUUGUAAAGACUGUAAUGACAAGGAAGAAGAUGCUUAUAUGGAAAACAUAGUUUCUGAAUAGUAAUAUAAAUAUUCAAGUCUCAGACUCCUGGAGAUGAGCCCCAAGACAUUCUGGACCACACCUAUCACCAGUCAGCUGCGGGUUGGUCUCUGUGUACCAUGGACAGAAUGCAGUGAUGUCAGCACCUUUUGUUUGCCAUGUGUACCAUUUGGAUUAACAGGAAUUGUUAAACUGCUAACGGUAUUUUAACUCUGGUUAUUGUAUGCCAUUUAAUUAUUACUGUAUAUUGCUGUAUAUAGAGGAAUGUCCAACACAGCAUGAGAUUUAUGGAGAGGUGUCCUGGGAAAUUAUUGGAAGCUGAUCUUUUUAACCCUUUCACUGCAGGAAAGCAGAAUAUUUUGUCAGAUUGUGUCUGCUAUUCGAAUGAUGUAGUCUUCUACGUCCACUCAAAUUUAUUUUGCGCCAUUCUUACACUGGGCUUACAGUUCAGGUCUCACAGACAAACAUGGAUUUAUGUAUUUUUAUUACCUACAUAUAAAUUUGCACAGUGGUUACUGGGCGUUACUGCUCCAGUCAUGAAUCUGACAAUAUGGUGGGUGAGAGAGGGAACAAGCCAAACCUAUGAAGAGUUAGUGUAGAUUACAAUAACACUGUAUGGAUUUACUGUGAAGAGAAUGUAAAAAGUGGAGAGUUAUAAAACUAGAGUAUAUGUAGAACUAUGCACCGUUAGUUUUGCUGUGAAUAUGUGUAAAUAAUACACGUUUUGAAUCCCAAUUUAAUUAACAAUCAGAAGACUUUGCUUUUUGUAUCAUAUAUGUGCAGCUCGUAGUGGCAAUACGAGUCAGUGUAAUGUAAGCUAAUGAGUAAUGUUUGCAUACUGCAGAUAAUGACAAGACUGACCAUGAAUGUAAUGAAACAUAACCAAGACUGUAUUAUAGAAAGAAUACAAAGGUCCAUCGAGUUAAACCGUUUAUAAAUUCUGCUUUGUAGCAGAGGUUUAAAAGCACACACCAUUGCAAGAUCCUAACAACAUAAGUUUACCUUUUCUAAAUGCUAGAAAACCCCUAUAUAACUAGGCUUGCCAUAAUAUCCCUUUAUACUGGGACACCUGUGAUUUACACAGGUUCUGUGGCUGGCCAAAUUCAUGACUGCAAUUCGUUUAGUUUUAUGUGUCUUGGAUUAAGGAAAAAUUAUAGUGUGUGUGUGUGUGUGUAUAUAUAUAUAUAUAUAUAUAUAUAUAUAUAUAUAUAUACACA